GAUUCAACAGCAGUAUAUUGACAUCGCAAGCAUAGAAACAACACGACAGAACACGAUGAGCUCGACAACGACUGGCAGGGUAAAUGAACUGGUGACCGAGAGGAUAUUGGGCAUAAGGAGGAUAUUUAGGAAGCAUAGCAUAGGAGGGGUAGCGCUAUAUGUAUACUGAGUAUGUGCAUAGCCGACUAAUUAGACAAAGAACAAAAACACUUCAUAUGCGUACAUUUUCUUCGAGCCGACUCUAAUCGACGUAUUCGUACAACCAACGCUAUUGUAACACCAGGAUGAGAGAGUUUAAGACCAUAGGGCACAACUGAGAAACGAAACGGGAUAAAGAUCAAAGCAAGCAACCGACCAAAGAAAACGCACAAACUUGAACCAGUCAAUGAGCGAGACCCAGCUCAAACCCAACUCUUCAACUCGAUUCACCACCGCUCCCACUCCCACUCCCGCUCUCCCUCUUCACCACCGCCUGCUUCUCCUCCGCCGCCUCCACAGCCUCCAACAAGUCCAUAUCAUCGUCAUCCAACCCCUCACCAUCGCUCCCACCUCCCCUCCCACCCGCAGAAUGUCCCAAACUCGCAGGCCCGUUGCUCGCCGGCAAAGGCGAAAGCGGAUCGUCCUCAUCCACGAGCUCGUCCACGUCCACAUCGAUAUCGUUAUCGUGGUCAUUCUCCGCCAUCCUUUCAGCCGUACCACCAUUAGUUAUGGCAGCAACACCGACACUCAUACUUCGACUCCUCUGCUGUGCUUGUUCUGCUUCGGCCCCAUCCACCGCCGCCGCCAUCUCCAGAUCGAUAUCCAGGUCCAAAUCAUGCCCGUGCCCGUGUGCGGCCUCACCUACAUCACUUCCUGAACCUCGAAGGGCAUGACUCGGUAAUGCCAACACGUCUUCAUCCGGCUCGCCCUCCGCAUCCUCCUCUUCCUCCGUCCACGGGCUCCUCUUUUGACCAUGGGUUAUCGCAUGAGCAAGGGGCGGCGAAUCUUCUACGAGGGCUAACAAUUCCGGGCUCGAGAUCUCCAUCGCACUGCCGCCACCUCCACUGCUCUCUAACUUUGGACCGGUCACAGGCGAGACGGACAUCUUCGCCCUCUGUCUAUCUCUCGGUGAUAGUGUAGAAGGGAAUCCAGGGGCCGACUUUGACGUCUUCAUGCCUACGCCUCCGCCGCCCGUGGCUCUCGACUGAGCUUGAGACCGUCCAUAAGCAUCGUCCCGAUCACGAUGAUCUCGCUCUCCUCUCCAGUCGUCCCUUCUCCUUUCUUCCCAGACUUCUCCUGUUGGCCGACCCACUCCACUCCCAGCAUGCCCAACCCAGUUCCGACUUGACAAUCCACCACCCCCACUGACACCACCAGGAUCACCACCACCACCCCCAGGCGGCGGCGGAAGAAGCACCGUAUCCUGCCUCAUCAACUGCCUUUCCCUCUCCCUUUCUCGCUCCCUAUCCUCCCGCCCUCUAUCCCUCUCCAUUCUCCUCUCCCGCUCCCGCUCGCGUUCCCGUUCCCUCUCCGUCCUAUACUCCUCCCUCUCCCUCUCAGCCCGAAACGGCGAAACUCCAUGCGGAUGACUCUCCCUGAACCCGUUCAUUCCUCCUCCUCUCUCACCUCCACCUCCACUGCCAACGUACGUAGGACUCGAAAACGCCGAUGGAUUCAUCGCCGUCUGCGUCGGGCUCAACCCCGGAUGCAUCUGUCCCUGUCCCUGUCCCGACCCUGCACCCGCACCCGAACCUGAAAAGCUCAUAUUCGGCAUCGUCCCUUGCGGGCCCAACCCCCCAACACCAGCACCGCCGCCGGAAAAGGACCCAGUCGGGUGCGAGCUGAGGGCGGAGAAGGAUUGGGAGUGGGGGCGGGGGAAGGAUUGGAGUUGGGAUUGGGAGUGGGCGAGGGGGUCGUUCGGGGUUGUGGUGGUGGAGGAGGGGAUGGUCCCGCGGCGUUCGAAGCGUUUCAUUUUUUUGCGGCAACGAUCACAUACCGUCCCAGGCCCCUUCGGCCCCGGCCCCCACUUCUCCACACACUUCCCGUCCUUAUACCGCCCCGUCUCGCCGCAUUGACGGCACGUUCUUUGACCUUUCUCGUUAACCCCCGGAAACCCCCCAGGCGGCAACCCCGCCGCCGCCGCCGCCGCCGCAUGGCUCAUCUUACCCACUCCCACUCCCCCUCUUCCUCCGACUCCUACAUCCAUGCCCAUCCCUACUCUUCCGACUUCAAUGCCCCCUGCACCUGCGCCUCGUCCCAUGUCCAACCCACCCCUUGUUUCCAUCAAGCCAGAUCCUAAAGACUGCGAAUGCAUCAACGGCUGCGACUGUGACUGCGAUUGCGAACUCAUCAUUCCCUGCGCUUGGGCUUGCUGGGGCGAUAACAUCCCAUGCGAAGGAGAAUGCGAAUGGGGAGAAAGUCUUCCGUGCUGUCCGGGAGAUAACUGCGAGAUCUGCGAAGGAUGUCCACGAAGUGCGGUCUGAGGCGAGAGAGUCGCAUGUGAGGGGGAGGAAAGGGGACCUUGGGAGGGUGAGGAGCCGGAGCCGUGUUGGGAGUGUUGGGAUUGGGAUUGUGAGUGAUGGGAUUGUUGCGAGAGGGAGUGCGAGUGCGAGUGCGAGGGGUAGGUUGCGUGUGCGCGGAGGGGGUUGGCAGAGAGGGGGGCGUCUGGAGGUGGGGGGAAGGGUGUGUGUGGUUAGUACGAGGACGAGGGACGGAUGGAGAGAGAGUAAGAUGGAAAAGGAACGGCGGGCGAGAGGGAGUAUAUACGAAAUAGAGUGAAGAAAUGAACAGACGUCGUAUAUGAAUAUAUGAACGACGACCAGC